AUGGAUGAGGCUGUAGCAGAAGCAGAAAAAAGUGAUGUUGAACAAACAUUUCCUUUAUUGAGGCAAAGAAAGCCGAAGCGCCAGUUUUCAUAUGAAAGUAUAGAUGAAUCAGUUUUGGAUCCGAAUCAAAAAUUCAAGAUAAGUUUUUAUUUCACAAUUUUGGACACAACCAUUCAGUCUUUACAAAGGCGCUCCGAGGGAAUAGAGAAGUGUAAUGAUUUAUUUGUUUUUUUGGGUGAUCUCCGGAAUCUGGUGUCUGAUUUCCUGUUCAAAUACAGAAUUAAAGGUUUCGUCAAAAAAAAAGGUGACUCACAUUUAGUCCUCAAAGAUCUUGUAGGAAAGGGUAUUGUGGUAGUAAUCUGGUCUGUAUUUACAGAUAAACAUUGCAAUUGCAGUUACUGUAUGGUGAUCAGGAAUUGGAACCUCUUCGACGAUAGACAACCUGCCAUCAUGUCAACAUUAAACUCGUUGGAGCCUUUUGACUGCGAUGGACAAGUUUGCUCGGUAGCUGUCAGAUGGCAAAAGUGGAAAAGAGCACUAGAAGUGUAUCUAGAAGCAGCUAACAUCGACAGCCCCGCUAAGAAGAGAGCAAAUUUGCUACACAUCGGUGGGCUAGGGUUACAAGAAAUAUAUUACAACCUACCUGGAGCUCAUAUUUCUGAACAAACCGAAGACGUUGAAAAUCCAGUGAAUGUCUACGAGAUAGCUAUAAGAAAGCUAGAUGAAUAUUUCGCACCAAAACAAAGCAAGGUGUACGAAAGACAUGUUUUUCGGCUAAUAAAACAGGAGAUGGAUGAAAAGUUCGAAAAAUUCCUUGUGCGGCUGAGAAAUCAGACAGAGAAAUGCGUAUUUAGCAACACCGAAGAAAACAUUAUAGACCAAAUCGUUGAAAAAUGCAGCUCAUCUGACCUUCGGAAGAAAAUAUUAACAAUUGGAGACUCCAUCUCAUUAGAAAACAUUGUUGCUGAAGCAAAUGCAUUGGAAGCAGUAUCAAGACAAAUGGAAGAAUUUGCUGAAAAGAAAACAGGCAUUGAAGUGAACCAAAUAAACAAUAAUACUAAACAAAAAUUUAGAGCCUCAGAGAUAAAAUCAUGUUUUCGUUGUGGCUCAAAAGGCCACAUAUCUUUUAACUGUCCAGCAAGAGAGAAAAUUUGCAAGAAAUGCGGCUACAAAGGACACGUCAGCAAUCAGUGCAGAACUAAGCCGGGGAAAAGAAGAACACACUAUGAGAGCACAACGGUCAAGAAAUCAAGAUACAGAGAGCCAGACAAGGACGACGACGAUCACAAUACAAACUAUGUGUUCCACAUUGACAAUGAUUGUGACAUAUUAUGUAUGAUUGGAGGUAUACCAGUUCAGAUGGUAAUCGAUUCUGGUAGCAAGUGUAACAUAUUAAAUGACGAAACAUGGACGUACCUAAAGAAUUCGCAGGUAUCGGUGUCAAAUCAAAUAAAACGACCCAAGAAAAUUCUCAUGGCUUAUGCUAGCAAAGAACCCUUAACUAUUCUUGGGUGUUUUGAUGCUGAGAUUAAGGUAAGCGAGUUUGUAACUCGGACGACUUUUUACGUAGUACAAAAUGGUACGAGAAACCUUUUAGGAAAAGAUACAGCGAAGUCUUUAGGUGUCCUACGGAUUGGAAUUUCUGCUCAAUCAGAGGUUAAUGCCAUAUCUGCUUUUCCCAAGUUUAAAAAUGUUGUAGUCGAUAUUCCCAUUGAUCAGAGCAUAAAACCAGUGAUUCAGCCAUAUCGCAGGAUACCAAUCCCCCUUGAAACCAGAGUGCUUAAAAAAAUUGAGGAAAUGGUAAAUUCAGACAUAAUUGAACCAGUAGAUGGCCCUUCCAGAUGGGUAUCACCUAUGGUACCUAUUCUAAAACCAGAUGGGGAAGUUAGACUUUGUAUCGAUAUGAGAAGAGCAAAUAUGGCGAUACUAAGAGAAAAUCAUCCAUUACCAACAAUGGAUCAGAUGAUGCCAAACUUCAGAAAAGCAAGACUUUUUUCAAGGCUGGACGUAAAAAGUGCUUUCCAUCAAAUCGAAAUUAGCGAAGCAUCGAGACCUAUUACUACAUUUAUAUCCAGCAAGGGUCUUUUCAGAUAUAAGCGUUUAAUGUUUGGUAAAAGCAAUAUUGCCGAUCCCCUCUCCAGGCUUUGUAAAUUAGCACCAAAAGAAAAUUCUUUUGAUGAGGGGGAGCAUAUCCAUCAAAUUGUAGAAUAUUCACGACCCAUGGCAUUAUCAUUAUCACAAAUCAAAGAAAAAUCCAACACCGACGAAGAAAUUCGGAAGGUUUACAAAAUGAUUUACUCAAACGAAUUCGAUGAAAAAACGAAACCCUUCCAAGCAUUCAUACCAGAGUUGUGUUUCUAUGACAACAUCCUUCUGAGAGGAACCAGAAUAGUGAUUCCUGCUGAUUUAAGACUUGCAGUUCUUCAAGCAGCCCACGAAGGCCAUCCGGAAUAG